AUGUGUAACAUAAAGAAGCAUUCCGGCAUGGCUGAAGUUUUGAGAAAAUGCAAAAUUAUUAUUUGGGAUGAAUGUACAAUGGCCCACAAGCAUUCGCUUGAAGCUCUCGACAGGUCCCUGAAGGAUAUCAAAGAUAAUACUAGGCUUUUCGGUGGUGCUCUACUGCUACUGUCUGGUGAUUUCAGGCAAACAUUGCCAGUAAUUCCACGUGCGACAUAUGCAGACGAAGUAAACGCAUGUUUGAAGGAAUCUUAUCUAUGGCGGAGUGUCAGUAAAUUGAGCCUUACUAUCAAUAUGCGCGUUCAACUACAAAAUGAUCCAUUAGCGUCAGGAUUCUCUGAACAAUUGUUAGACAUUGGCAACGGUAAAAUUCAACUGUAUGAAGAUACCCAAUUUAUUAAGUUUCCAGAGAACUUUUGCAACAUGGUGGCUACCAAAGAUGAAUUAAUAAAUAGUAUCUUUCCAGAUUUAAGAUAUAACUAUACUAAUCAUGAAUGGCUACGAGAGCGAGCUAUUUUAGCUGCAAAAAAUUUAGAUGUAGACGCCAUCAAUUUUAAAAUACAACAGUCAUUGCCUGGUAAUGAAAUUACAUUUAAAUCAAUUGACACCGUUGUUGAUCCUGACGAAGUGGUCUACUAUCCAGUAGAAUUUUUGAAUUCUUUAGAUUUACCUGGAAUGCCACCACAUAAUUUGCGACUGAAGAUUGGCUCACCUAUAAUUUUGCUUCGUAAUUUAAAUGCCCCGAGAUAG